GCAUGCAUAUCGCUCUAUUUUGAAUUUGACGAUGUUGAUCCUGUCAUUUGCUCAUGAUAGGCGAAUAAACAAGGGAGAGAAAAGUCCACGGCAGAAAAGUGUGUUAGUUGGGAGGAGAGAAGUUUCGACUCUUGAGGCUUACUUAGGUUUCUUACAGGGAACAACACAAUCCUUCUCUACGCUUUCUUCUCCUAUGGAGUCCAUGAAGCCCAUCCAUUGCCUCAUUUAUCGGCCUCAUAAAGCCCGAUAUUCAGACAUACUCCGCCUUCUUUGCUCCAGGACACCCAAAGAUUCCAGAUUUGUUGAUCACCCAACUCAGGCUGCCCCCUUUGUUUAUGACACAAAAUUAACUGAGUUUCAUGGCACAUUCAUGGUUGGUCUCGGCCUCUUCAUUCAGAAAUUACUCAUCGCAUUUCGCACACCGCUGCGAUGGUUCGGUCUUGCUCUUGAGUUCUUGCUCAACUUCUUCGACCAAAAUGGCAGCUUCAUCGGCGUCCUCAAAAAUAUAUUUCAAGGAGCAGUGGUUAUUCCACACCGUGAGUCAUCUGAAUUCCGGACGUUCAUCGGAUUUUUGGAUCAACGGGUAGACCUUUACGGGGGCAGAAACUCCCAUAGACUCAUCCUGGACGAAAUGUUAACAAAGGUAGGUGUUGGGCAUGAACAUCUGGUGGAUCUGUGCAUGCUUGCUUCGAAGAUCGCCUACGAGAACGCUUCUUUCAUCGAGAAAGUAGUCACCAAACAUUGGGAUAUGCAUUUCAUUGGCCUUUUCAACUGCUGGGACGAAUAUCGGCGCACAAAGUGUACCCAAGCUUACAUAUUCACUGAGAAGCCUAAGAAUGCAAAACUGAUUGUGGUGGCCUUCCGAGGAACUGAGCCCUUCGAUGUCGACGAUUGGUGCACCGAUUUAGAUCUCUCCUUUGCAUCCAUGGGUGCAAUUGGAAGAGCGCAUAUUGGAUUUUUGAAAGCGUUGGGCCUUCGGGAUGAAUACGACCUUGAAAAGGGGUGGCCGAAAAAUGAUGAACGAAGUGAUAAAAAUGAACACCCUUAUGCCUACUACACCAUCAGAGAGAAGCUCAAAGAGCUCCUCAAGGAUAAUCCGAAUGCAAAGUUUAUAAUUACAGGGCACAGUUUGGGUGGUGCUCUUGCUGUUCUUUUCACCACUCUGUUACUCAUGCAUGAGGAGAAUGAAUUGAUGAGCAAACUUAUGGGCAUUUUUACUUUUGGCCAACCUAGAGUUGGCGAUGGCAAUCUGUCCAGUUUCAUGGAAAGGAAUUUGAAUCAGCUUUCUAAGAGGUAUUACAGAAUGGUAUACCGAUACGAUUUGGUUCCAAGAAUUCCAUUUGAUGACCCCAUUUCGAAGUUCAAGCAUUGUGGCCUGUGCCUCUACUACAGGGGCUGGUAUAAAGGAGAUUUGAUUGGGGACCAGCCAAACAAGAACUAUUUCGACCUAAACUAUUUCUUACCCCAUUACUAUAAUUCAUGGGCCGACCUGUUACAGAGCAGGAGAUUAGGCGAAGAUUACAAAGAAAGUCAGACUUCUACAAUGUGUCGGAUGUUUGGGCUUCUAAUCCCAGGAAUAGCAUCCCACAGCCCCAAGGACUAUGUUAACUCUGCAAGGUUGGCUACACUUGCUGAUGCAAAAUUGUACUAAAUUAAAUUUUAUC